GUCGUGAUGGCAUCGUCCAAUUCUAAUUCUGAAGGCUUCCCAUGGCCAAAGAUAUACUCUUUCCCUCCAUUCUUCACCCGACAACCCACAACCCAAACCUGGAUCGCCCAGCGCUCAGCUUGGUCCUCCCUCCUUCUCUCCCACGCUCGAUACCACCGACGAUUUCGGUUAUCCUUGGGCAAUGAUGAGUCAAUUUGGGAAAACAAAGAGAUAGGGAGGGUUGUGAAAGAUCUUGUACGAAAGGAGCUGGCUGAGUGGAUGGUCCACGAAAACCAAGCCGCAUACGUCCCUAAUACCCAGAAGCAACAGUUGCUCCUCUACUGGCGGAAACCGGCUGAAUGGGCAGAGUUGAUCUACAAAUGGAUUGAUGAUACAGCGCAGUUUAACAGCGUGCUGACUCUGUACGAGUUGGUUGAGCAUGAGACUGAGUUUAAGGAGUUGGAUCCGAUGAUCUUGGGGCAGGCGCUGGAUGUGUUGAAGAGGAGGGGGUUGUGUCAGGUGUUUGGUGGGGAAGAUGGCGGUGGAGUCAAGUUCUUUAAGGAGCAGGGUCGAUGAGAUGGAAUUGAUGGCAUCACGACGAGAAGUCGCAGCUUACGAGACAAGAAUCGCGGCU